UGCACGUGGGUGCCGCGAAGACACGUGGCCACGGCGGGAGGCGGCCGGACCGUGGUCACAAGUUGGAGAGCUUGCCUGACGUUGAAGGGAGGGCCUUCACUCAGCAGCAGAGAACUCGAUCAAGAAAAGUCUGUGGUGAGUGGAAGCCUUGUCAGAUAAUUCACCAAAAUGGUUUUAAAGAAGAAAAAAGAAAUCCAGGUGGAUGCACUUGUUCUUGAUCACAAGGAAGUUGAAAGACUUCAGUCAUUCGUAGAUGUUGAAAAGCAAAAUCUGGCUUCUCUGCUGUUGCACUGUGUACAGUUGCCUGAUGGGAUCCAGCAAAUCCAGUGUAUCAAGCAGAUUGUGCCUUUACUGAAGAAGAUGGAUGUAAAUUCUUCAUGUAAUCCCAUGGUUAAAAGCUGUUUGGAUAUUUUAGGAAUAAUUUAUUUUUCACUGAGCACAAAAAAUCCUUUGAAAAAGGUGUUGGCCAGUUCACUCAAUGGCCUUCCUGAACCAUUUAUGACAGAAGCUGUGCAGAGUUUCAUUUGCUGCCUUAAAAAAGAACUUGAAACUACGGACAUAUACUCAUACAGAAAAGUUUUGGACAGUCUUGCUUCCUGUAUGGAGAACUUCAGUCUAGGUAAAGCAGGCGUUAGCAGCUUAUUCAAAGAAGUUCUUCAGUUUCUGCAGAAGUCUUUAAUUGAAAUUCAGGAAGAAAACAGAAAGCUUAGUGGAAAUCGUAUUGCUCAGACGCAAUUGAUGCAUGAUUUAUUGAUGGCCAUUAAAGUUUCAAUGAUGGUAGUCCAGAAAGUGCAAGAAAAUAUUCAGGAGAAUCUGAAACCUGGGUCUUUUGUUUGUCAAAGUAUGCGCAGUUUACUGAAGUGUUUCACAAACUGUUUAAUGGAUGAAGAAGUACUGCAGACUGUUCAGACUACCUCUGGACUAGCUGUCGUUCUCUUUAUUAAGAUUCUGUUUGAACCAGUUGAAAAGCUACCUUCUUUGGUCAGUGAUUUGCUCCUUCGCUCGGUGAAAUGUGUGGAUGUACCACAGUGGUUUAUGGACAGCUGUGGAAUUCUGUGUACUGCAGAGGUUUCCGAUUCAACUCUCCUCUUCCUUUGUCAUGGAGCCUUGGCCAUGCUUGAGUGGAAGAAUAACAGCAUGGGUCAAAAUGGAGAGAAAUUGCUCUUGGAUAUUGUGUUGGUUUUGUUAUCUCUGAAUUCACGGUUAAAAGAAUCCUGUAUGGCUAUGUCCUUGUCAAGAAUUUUAGCAAUUUGGACUAGUUCAGCAUUGGACGUCCUUGAUUCAAGCUCCCAAAGUCUAAAAUACGCUCUUACUGGAAACUCAGACACAAUUGAGAAACUGCUAGAGUAUGUGUACGCACAUUGGGAGCAUCCUUUAGAUGCUGUUAGACAUCAGACUAAACUGAUCUUCAGGAAUCUCCUCCAGAUUCACCAAGCCACCAUUAAAGGAUCUGUUGUAAAAUCAGACCCAUUCUUGUCAAUGUUGACAGAGAACUUACUAAACCUUGAAUGGCAUGUGAAAGGGAAAUAUGCUUCCCUUGGCUGUCUUGUGGAGUGUGUGGGCAUUGAAAAUAUCUUGACAGUGGACAGAACAAUUCCAGUGCAGAUUUUGGAUGUUAUGGGUGAUCAGUCUCUUGCACCUUAUGCAAGUGAUCUUUUAGAAACCAUGUUUUCACAUCAUAAGAAUCAUCUGACAGCUGUAUUUCAGGAAAGCACCUGGAUUGACCAGUGGCAUGAGACAUGGGUCUCCCCUCUUCUUCUCAUAUUGUGUGAAGGGAAUCCUGACCAAACUACUUACGUCAUUGAUUAUUAUUUACCAAAGUUGCUAAAAUGUAAUCCAGGCAGUCUGAACUACAUGAUUAAAAUUCUUCAGGCUUCUAGUGAUGCUAAUGUUGGGUCUUGGAAUACAAGAGGAGCUCUUGGAGCCUUGAUGGCAUGUCUAAGAACAGCUCGGGCUUAUGGACACUUACAAUUUGCAGAUGUCAUGAGGGAUGGUCUUGUGUCUGUUGGAUGUAUCAAACAAGGUUUAGUUCAUCAACAUGUUCAGGUUCGCAUAGAUGCCUUAGGUUUGCUUUGUGAAACCCAUCGCAGCACAGAAAUCGUGUCCGUGGAAGAGAUGCAGCUAGUACAUUUUUUUAUUACGUAUAAUUUAAACAGUCAGUCUCCUGCAGUGAGGCAGCAGAUUUGUUCUCUACUGAAAAAGUUGUUUUGUAGGAUACAAGAAAGUUCCCAGCUGCUUUAUAAAUUGGAGCAAAAUAAAACCAAGCAAGAGUCAGUUAAAGAAUUGGCAAAAUUGGAUCCUUAUUGUACUUUACAGCAAUAUAAAGAUUUCGUAUCAUCUGUAUGUGACAGACUUUUUGAAGCCCUGUUUCCUGGAUCAUCUCAUUCAACCAGAUUUUCUGCAUUAACUAUUUUGGGAUCGAUAGCUGAAAUAUUUUCUGUUCCAAAUGGUCAGACACAAGCAGUUUUUCAGCUGGCUGAAGAGAUUGAUCGUACCCAUGUUCAAACACUAAUCAAGUGUUUUGCCAGCACUUUUGAGGAAGUAAAAAUUUUAGCAUUUGAACUUCUGAGGAAACUACACAAAGCUACAUUAAAUUUACAGGAUUCCGAAGACAUAUAUCACUUAUUUCGAGCAUCAAUGGAUCUUAGCACAAGUGCCAAGCCAUAUGACUGUGUAACUGCUUCAUAUUUGCUGAACUUUUUAAUACAUCGUAAAGAACUGCUUAAUAUUUGCCUGAAAGAUCAGCCUGUUGUCCAUAAUUUUUUGAAAACGGAAUAUAUCUCAGCGGGCACUGUGGAAAUAAACACAUUAGCUGUUGUCAGACUUCUGUUAGCAAAACUUGAGGGAGAAAUAUUCCAAGCUGAAAAGUCCCUGCUUCAAGCAGCAGCUUCUUUCCCAUUGUAUGGGAGAGUACAUUGUAUAACUGGAGCUUUGCAGCAGCUACCUUUAACUAACUUGACAUUGAUGACAGAGUGGAAGCAGAUGGUGACAGAUCUUAUACUGAUAUCCUACAAACUCUCUACUGUGGUAGCUCCUGUUGUGCAGAGUUCAUCACCUGAGGGUCUUAUUCCAAUGGACACAGAUUCAGAAAUUGCGGACCGUUUGCAGAUGAUUCUGCAUGAGAUACAACCCCGUGAUACAAAUUAUUAUUUUACUCGAGCAAAAAUUCUGAAAGAAAGUUGCAGAACAGAUUUGGAAAAACUUGUGGAUGGCAAGCCAGUUGAUGUUUCUGAAGAUAUGAGAGGUAAAGAGCAUACAUGUGAUGUAACAGCUCAGAUGGUAUUGGUAUGUUGCUGGAGAAGCAUGAAGGAGGUGUCAUUACUUUUAGGGAUGCUGUGUAAACUUUUGCCUUUAAAGGCUACAUCAGAAUCAUCAGAUGGAUUGAUAACAGAAGAACAGAUUAAAGAUAUAGGAAAUUACUUUAAACAUCAUCUCUUGCAGUCCAGGCACAGAGGGGCAUUUGAAUUGGCGUACACUGGCUUUGUGAAGCUCACUGAAACGCUCUCCAGGUGUAACAAUGAGAGGCUACAGAGGUUGCCAGAGCAAUGGUUGUGCAGUGUUUUGGAAGAAAUAAAAUCUUGUGAUCCUUCAUCUAAGCUAUGUGCCACUAGGCGCAGUGCUGGAAUUCCAUUUUACGUACAGGCAUUGUUGGCUUCAGAACCAAAAAAGAGUACGACAAACUUGCUGAAAAUUACAAUGAAAGAGUUGAUAUCUUUGGCUAUGCCCUUGAAUGAUUCAACAAGUACAAUCCCACAGGUUCAUGCUUUAAAUAUCCUGAGGGCGUUGUUUAGGGAUACCCGCUUAGGUGAAAACAUCAUACCCUAUGUAGCAGAUGGAAUACAAGCAGCAAUUCUUGGUUUUACAUCUCCUGUCUGGGCAGUAAGAAAUGCCUCUACACUUCUUUUUAGUGCCCUGAUUACAAGAAUUUUUGGAGUCAAAAGAGGGAAGGAUGAAAAUUCCAAAAAAAACAGAAUGACAGGCAGAGAAUUUUUCUCUCGGUUUCCAACUCUUUAUCCUUUCCUUCUCAAGCAACUGGAAAUUGUAGCCAGCUCUGGGGACAGUGAAAUUGGCGAAUGUAAGCUCCAUCCAAGUUUGUUCCUUUUGCUUUUGAUCCUGGGUAAGCUGUAUCCAUCUCCAAUGGAUGGCACUUAUUCAGCGCUCAGUAUGGCACCUUUUGUUCCUUUCAUUAUGAGAUGUGGCCACUCACCUGUGUAUCGUUCACGUGAGAUGGCAGGCCGGGCUCUCGUUCCAUUUGUUAUGGUAAACCAGAUACCCUCUAUUGUACUAUCCCUGCUGGCUGGACUUCCAGACUAUACUAGUCCACAUAUACGACAGAACCCUAUUCACGGGACCCUUCUACAAAUCUUUUACUUGCUGCAGUCCUACUUGGAAUCUAAACACAGGGUUAAUUCAGACGUUCAGCGGGAGCUAGAUGACAUCAUUACUUGUAUAGAAGCCAAAGUGUGGCUGGCCAAAAGGCAAAAUCCUUGUUUUGUGACCCGAGCUGCAUAUCUUGAUAUCUUGGUCAUGAUGGUUGAUUACGCUGGGAAAUCUAGAAGAAAAGGAAUUGAACUGUUUGGAUUUUGGCAGGAAGUGAACAUGGUUAUCUCAGAUUCUGAGUUGAUGACAGGUAUCCACUACUCCUGUGCAAUACCAGGAUUGAUACAGUAUCUUCAGAGUAUCACUCAGCUUGUAAUAGCAAUGCUCUCAGUAUCUGUUGACCCUGACAUCUCAAGUAGCAGUUCACCUGUCACAGAAAAGAGGAUGAAUCCUUCUUUGCUGGUUAUCCAUUUGCUUCAGUCCAACUUCCAUGAAGUGCGUCUGCUGAUGUUAGAAACUCUGCUCCUCUGGUGGAAGCAGGUAAAUUUGAAACAGGUUACAGGAGAGAAGAGAUGCCCAUUCAGCUUGCUUUCGGAUUUGGAGGAGAUGCUUCUGAAAAUGACUGUGACAGAAAGUCACCCACAAUGUUUUUGCAAGUUACUGGAGAUUCUGUAUUACAUGGAUCUUGAAAAUGUGCUUCCAAGAACAGAAGACUCUAUGAAAAUGAAUCCAAAAGAGCUCUUAAACUGGACUACAAACAUUGCAGAUACCUCCACCAACAUUGAAAUUCAAAGCAUAGCUCUCAAAUUUGCUUCAAAAUUGGUCAUCCAUCUUGUAGAGAAUUGCCAAGAGGUUUUGGCAUUAGAGCUGAAACACUGGGUACAACUAAUAGCUUGCUCUUGUGGAGAUGAACAACAGACAGAUAUGCUAUUGGCAGCUGCUGAAAUACUUCAAAAUAUUAUACCACUCUUUCUGACCAAUGAGAAACUCAUCCUUGGUCUUUCCGAUACGCUGACCAUGUGGAAAUGCGUGGUUCUCCUGUUGCAGAGUGAAGAGCUGAUAGUAAGGAAUGCAGCUGCUGAAGUUAUACGGGUGGCCCAGUCUCAAGAAACUAUCUGUAAAAAAAGAGUUCCCGUGUUUUAUGUAGUAAAUGCAUCAAUGGCCUUGGAUUUAGCAUUUGGAAUAAUCUGUGAGCUGCUUCAGCUGUGGAAUGAAACCAGGGCUGGCGUACCAGUCUUACUGGAGUGGCUAUUAGGAGAGGAUGACCUAAACAAAAAUUUGGAGGCUGCAACACUGGUAGAAGACGACUACCUGUUUGAUAAAGGAGAAGUGAAUUUUUGGGCGGAGAAGCUGACUAGUGUCAGACAACUCAGCAAACAUCUCUUAUUGCUCAUAUCAGAGACUCAUGUCAAUUCACCAGAUCAAGGAGAACUCCAGCGACUGGCAAGACUAGCAUCAGAACAAGCCCGGCUUGUUACUCGGCUUCUUAAAGAGUUGCCUCCAACUCCAGAGUUUUCCAAAACAGUGGAAUUCACAAGAUUAACCAUUCAGAAGGAAAGACUAUCCAUCUCCUUUAAGAUACUAAACUUGCUUCAACUCGACGGUGUUGCUUGCAACAAAGAUAAUAACCAAGAAAAAUGAAUUAACAGCAAUUUAUCCCAGUGCUGUUUGCACAAUUUUUACUACUUUGUAAACAAAGAAUUCUUUCAAGGUUGGGGAGGAGGGGGUACGUUUGUUUUAUGACGGUAAUAAAUCUUGUGAGGAACUUUUUAAUAGUACGUGCUAAAACACAUUUUUCAUCUGAGUCCAUUGAAUCUUUGUCAAGUUUGCUGUGGGAGAACAUUUUAUUUAAAUGCAUUUAUUAAUUUAAUUCAGAACAGCAUGGUUUAUUGGAGCUACUGUAGGAAGCAGAGCAGCUACACUUAAUAUUUUCCAUUCAACCAGGUGCAGGCCACCUGCAGAUCUGCUGUAUUUUACCCCACAAUCUAUUCCUUCUCUAUACUUGACUUUGUUUUUUCUUGUCAACAUGUAGCAUAGCUUAGCGUGUUCAAAAAUUAACUUAACCUCUUUUCAUUUUUGAAAGUUUUCCUUAAGAAAAAAAUACUGGCUGCUUUUGUUUGCCCGCACAAGCUUUUAAUCAGGAUUUUUAUCUUUAUUCCAAUUUUAACCAGAGGCAGCCACAGUACCAGACUGUGUUGCUCUUAAGUGUUUUCUUGUUUUGUGGCAAAAAAAGGCAUCAUUUAGACAUUUAAGUGCCUAAGUGUUCCUGUAAUAUGCUGUCAUGGGUGACUGAGGAACUUUCCAGAAUGAAGAGCAUAGUAUUUGAAACGAGGAGUUCAUAUCAUCUAGCACCUGAGGACGUCAUGUGUACUCACUCACUCUGCAGCCCACUCCACAAGUAGUGUUAUAAAAUGAGGCAGUACUCAGGAAGAAUAGGGAUGGCAGGCCCAUGCAAACUAGGGUAAAUCUGAUAGCAGUCUUCUGAUGAUGUGCAGUGUAAUGUUUUGGUGACAUUGUUAUUGACCUUUGGAGACUUCUUGCGAACCUCUGUAACAAAAUGUGCUGUCUCUGAUCACCUCUUUUAUUUUCUGAACAAUUUCAUUUUUAGAAAUAAACACAUUUCAAUUUGUA